GUUAUUAUUAUCCACUAGUGCCAAAUUCAACUUGUAAGGGAAAAGAAGCCACUCACCCCGAUAAUGCUUUAGGGUCCGGCAACUGCAAGGUCAAUCUCACAAAUCCUCUCUUUUUCAUUAAGAAGAUCGUCAUAUACUUUUUGUUUUUGUUUUUGGGUAAUCAAGACAGAUGGCCGAGCUCUCUUUGUGUUGCAAUAGCUUGACUCCCCGAGCACUACCGCCAUGGCCAGUUCAGCAUCCUCGGUCAAGUCCAAGCUGGAUACCUACAGGUGGCUUAGAGCAAAGACGUGGAACAAGAGCAGCGUUUGCAGCAAAACCUGGUGGAUUUUCGCUUAAUUCGAUCUCGAAAAGUUGUCAAACAUGUAGAGGAAAAGGUGCUAUAGAAUGUCCAGGCUGCAAGGGAACAGGAAAAAAUAAGAAGAAUGGAAAUAUUUUUGAGCGCUGGAAAUGUUUUGACUGCCAAGGAUUCGGGCUAAAGAGUUGCCCUAGCUGUGGGCAGGGUGGGCUAACGCCAGAGCAAAGAGGAGAGAGAUAACUUCCAAGUUGUUUAUAGCACAUUGUACCUAUUUAUGGAAAUUGAUCCGAAUAUUUGAUGAGAAAUCAGGAUCACUAGUUAAAGCUUGUAUUUGUUACUCUGCAAGGAGUCUGAUUAACUUCGCUAGCUACAGUUGGCCC